GGCAACCCUACAGCUAUGAAACACAGCUAUAAAUACCCACUGGCCUCUCUGUCUUUCUCCGAAAUUAAAAAAGCUUUCCCAUUUUUAUGGGUUCUCUCAUUUGGGACGUCUUCUAGUUUCUAACCCUUCUUCUUCUGCACUGUCUCUCUCUCCUCGCCCCUCUCUCUCUUCCCUUUCUUCAAGAAGUAAGAAGAAGAAGAGAUCUUGGGAGAGACAGAGAAAUGGGGAAGUACGUGGAGAUAUUGGACGCAGGGGUGAGGAUCGCCGCCAGGUUCCAUUCCCACUGCCCCCAGACGGCGCGGAUGUACUACCACCCUCCGCCGCCGGCCACCUCCGACGAUGCCCACCACCACCUCCAGCACUCCCACGGCGGCUCCUCCUCCGGCACUGGCGCCGGCGAAGUGGGGUUCUUCUGCGGCCCAAAGGGCGUUCUGGGUCUCAACGCCGGCGACGAUUUCUUUCUCUAUUCUGGUGUUUGAUUUAAAAAGAAAAACUGAAGUUGACACUGGGCUAUGGACUAAUUGACAGAUUGAGAGUUUUGUUUCUGUGGAGAGGGAGGGAUGCUUUUUGUGCCUUUCUUCUUCGAUUGCUUCUUAUUGAAAUGUUAUUGUUCUUUGAUUUGAUGA